AUGGACCGACUAGAAGAUUUUGGUAAGUGAAUUAUAAUAUCAGUCUGUCGGGAAAAUAAUGAGCACAAUGUCGAAUCCAAAAUAAGCCGCCGAAAAAAUGAAUUGUGUCGCGGCAAAGUCAAAUUGCUUUUCCCUUCAGCGACGCGAUUGGCGCAGCGAAUUUUCGUUCAUUAUUUUCCCGACAGACGGAUAGUAUUAUUUUCAUAAAGUGCAUGGACAUUUUUCGCAACCCGCACUGCGCAUAAAAAGGCCCUCAUUUUGCGCCAUGCAUUUCACCUUUUUUUGGUUUUCGUAUUGUGCGGAGAAAUAUCACAAAGUCAAUUUCAACUACGUCGCUGCGUCGCCAGGAUUUUGCACAGUGCAAACGGCUUUUUUUUGAGGUUUGCACAGUGCGAAAAGGAAAAAAUGCACCGUGCGUUGGCGACAAGCAUGGGAAAAGGUUCAAAUGUCUAUUCACUUUAUGAAAGUACUGAUAAUUUUUUUUCAACAAAAAAAAUCGAAAAUGCAAUGUGCAAGGCAAUUUUUCGCAAUUUUCGCAGCCACCUUCGAAAAGCAUUGUAAAUUCUCAGGACUUUUUGGGCAGAGUAUAAGUCUUUCCGGGAAACAGUGCAAUCCAAUAAAGGCAGUACUGUACGUUUAACUUGCGUUUCGCGGAGUAAAUAAAUGAGAGCUAUCAGUCUGUCGGGAAAAUAAUGAGCCCAAUGUCGCAUCGAAGAUCGCAUCGCCGCCGAGAAAAUGAAUUGUAUCGUGGAAAAAUCAAAUUGCUUUUCGCCUCAGCGACGCGAUCGGCACAGCGAAAUUGUGCCCACUAUUUUUCCGACAUACUGAUAAAUCAUCAUUAAAGUUUUUUUCCUCGAGGUUUUGAUUUUUCUGAAUGAAAAAUGAGAAUUCUUUUGGUAUACAGUCUGGGUAGAAAUUGGCGGUAAAUCUAAACUAUUAUACAUAAUAAACUUUUUUCAGACAAAUGGAACCCCUACAUUAUAUGGAUAUUCACCUCGAUGACGUUUACCUGGUGCAUAACCGCCGCUCCAAUGAUGAUGACUGCAUUUAUUGUGGGCCAGGUCUGUCCUCCCGACGCAAAUUGUACAGUAACCCCGGGGACUUUGAUGGAGGAGGUAGGCGCUUCCUUCCUCGGACUUGAAAUGUCUUUUUAGUUCAACUUAACCGGCGAUAAAUCUCAUUUAGCGGGGAUUGCCACCUCGAUGUAUCUAUUUGGCAACAUGGUUGGAGCUUGUACAGUCGCGAGGAUAGCGGAUUUGUAAGUCAUCGUCGAAAAAAAAUAAUGGUAUGGCUUUCAGAAUAGGCCGUCGUCCGUUGAUUAUUGUAAACGUCUUUUUACUCGGUGUGAUUGGCUGCAUUAGCGCUACGUCGUCCAGCAUCUACGAGUACAUUGUGCUGCGGUUUGUUCAAGGAAUCUUUUUCCCGGUGAGAAGUAAAUUUUUUUUAUUAAAAGCGACGGUCAAAUAUACCGUUAUUUUAAAGGAUCUUUGCGGCAAAGAGAGUACACGAAACGCGGAGAGCGGUCAGACAGAAAAACACUUUUUGGCUAUAUCUUUGCCAAUUUUUCGCCGAAAAAAUCUUUUUUGUGGAAACAUUACCCUCUACAGUAGAAAGAGGCAUGAAACUUUUCAUGCGAAAAUUCGGAAAAAAGCGACAUGACAUUGCCAACUUUUGGCCUAAAAAUAUCGGUUGUUUCUGCAAAGCGCGAGCCUGGAUGUCACAUAUGGCUUAGAAAAAAUCAUUCUAUAUUUGUGCCAAGUUUCAUCAAAAUCUGAGUGUCGCACUUGGAGUGAUCGCGGCAAAAUGCCUUGGGAAUUUUCUGCGACUCUGGAACUUGCAUUUUGUGGCAUAAUUACGUCGCUCUCUGAAAACCCUUUUUGCACCGUGUAUUCGGUAUAAAAAGUGAGUUUUCAUAGUGCAAUUAGUGAUGUUGGGGUCUAACAAUCUUGUAAGCAGAGGAAAAAAACUCACUCGCGCAUCAAAGCCCCAGCUGCGGCCGGCCGACGAGACAUGAGACAUGGCUCGUCGGCCGGCCCGGGCCGAAGAUCUCGGCCCGGCCCGUCGGCCUGAAGGGUUCCGGCCGGCCCGGCCCGUUUCACAUUUUCCGUCGGCCCGGCCCGGCCCGUUUUAAAUUUGCUUCGGCCCGGCCCGGCCCGGCCCGGGCCGGCCCGGGCCGGCCCAUUGCAACGAAAGUCUCUCCAAGUCUAACUCCUUAUGACCAAAUUUUUUUCUAUCAUCAUGUAAAUGGAUAAAUACUGUGUUCCAUAGCUAUCUAAAAACAAAAAACCCUUUAAAAAACCAAUUGUGUCUUGCGUUUAUUUUCAUUAUGAAAAACCCAAUUUUCACUUCGAGAUUCUGGAUUUUAAAUACUCCGGGCCGGGCCGGGCCGAAACGCCGGCCCGGCCGACGGGCCGGAAAUGGUCCGGCCGGCCCGGCCGAUCUGAAAUCGGGCCGACGGGCCGAAAUUUCGGCCCGGGCCGGCCCGGCCCGGGAGCCAUGUCUAGCCGCCGCUAGCCGCCGCAAGAUGAUGAUGGGCGAUUCCAAGGCGCGACAACCGACGACUAUUUUUCCGACAGACUCAUGUCAUAAGAAAUAUAUUUUUAGGGCUGUGGAAUUGUGAGUUGGGUGUUGGCCUACGAGAGUAUGGGCAUGUUUUGGCGGAGCUACGCCGCGUUUUUCUUUGGCGCCGCUUGGGUUGUUGGCUACUGCAUUAUCAGCCCGUUGGCCUAUCUCAUCCCUUACUGGCGUCAUCUUGUUGUUGUUGCUUCAUUUCCCUCAUGCGUUCUUGGGGUAUUUUACUAUUUUACAAUCCCCGAAAGCUAUCAUUACAUGGUUUCAAAGGGUAAAUCCAAAGAUUUGUCGAAUUGGCUGAAGAAUUUGAAUCGGUUCAAAAAAGAGACCGAGCUGAGUGCUGAGGUGAGUUAAUGUGGUGUUGAGAAAUGAUUUGAGAGUUUAGAUUUUGAUAUCUGAGCACAUGAAACAUCAGAAAUCGGAUGGCUCGGAGGACAAGAACUUUUUUGUUCAGCUGAUUUCACACAAACGGAUAUUGUUUUAUACGUUCGUGUUGUCGUAUCUAUGGUAAGUCAAAAGUAUUAUUAGUCUGUCGGGAAAAUAAUGAGCACUCUGUCGCAUCGAAAACCGCAUCGCCGAUUGAUUUUACUGUACAGUGAAAACUUUGUAAAACAAAGCCCUUUUAUUACAUAUUCAUGGUAUUUUCAUAAAGUGCAUGGAUAUUUUUUUCUCUUUUGCACAGUGCAUUUUUUACUUUUUCCCACGCUUGUCGCUAACGCACAGUGCAUUUUUGUCUUUUUGCACAGUGGAAACCUCAAAAAAUAGGCUUACACUGUGCAAAGUUUUGAGCGAAACCGCGGCGACGCAACUGGAAAAAGCAUGUGUCGCAGCGAUAUUUCCGAUGCAUAGCGCAAAAAUCAAAAAAAAUUUCAAAAUGCACAGUGCAAAAUGGAGGUCACUUUUGCUGGCCGCGAAAAAACGUCCAUGCACUUUAAGAACGUGUAUAUCUGUCGGGAAAAUAAUGUGAAUUUGUCGCAGCAAAAAAAUCUCUUUCAAUUUUUUUCACGCACCAAAUUCCUAUCUAUGGCUAGCCGUCGCAAAGCGAUGACGGGCGAUUCGAAGAGACAUAUUUCUGCGACAAAUCCACAUUAUUUUCCCGACAGACUGUAACCCAUAGAAAUCGCUUAUUAUAAAAUUUUUUAUUUUGUACUGAAUUUUGUUGUGCGUCGAUUUUACUGUAUGCAAAAUUUUUCAGGGUAUGCGACACUUUUGUUUACUACGGCCUCUCAUUAUUCAGUACAGAGUUGGCGGGCAAUAAGUUUUGGAACUACAUUCUUUCCGGCUUGAUUGAACUUCCAUCAUACGCGGUCUCUCCGUAUCUUCUGAACAAAAUUGGCCGAAGACUUUUCGUUUCCUUGUCGCACUUUCUGGCGGCAUUUUCAUUCCUUGGAACAAUCUUUGUUGGUGAGUAAAAACUUUUUUAGUCAUAGUAUAAAAACCUUCAAUAAAGAUGUCUAGAAAACCAAAAAACGAACCUUUCUAUCUUUCAGAGAGCCCGACAGUCUCAUUGUUGCUUUGGCUAACCGGGAAGUUUGGGAUUUCCUGCGCGUUCACUUGUCUUUUCGUCUACGCCUCUGAAGUUUUCCCGACCAAUCUUCGGAGUGGAUGCAUUGGAGCUUGCGAAGUUUUGGCGCGAUUGGGUGGAGUGUUUGCUCCUCAGGCAAAUGAAUUGGUAAGUCUGGGUAAAAUACGUUUAUUGUUAGAACACAGAGAAAUCUGAAGGAAACGAAGCCUACACAAAGAAACCUUUUUAUAACAAACUAUUUUCUGAGGCCUUUGCGGCUUGUUGUACAGAGGCUCCACGAGUAGAGCCACUAUUAGUAUUUCUAUAAAAUGCAUAGACAUUUUUGCGCUACACAGUGCAUUUUGCACUCUUUCCCACGCUUGUCGCCAACGCACAGUGCAUUUUUCUUUUUUCGCACUGUGCGAACCUUAAGAAAGCCGUUUGCACUGUGCAAAUACCUGACGCCUGCCUAACGCAUUUGAAACAGCGAUAUUUAGACAAUAUCAAGAAAGCUAAAAUGCAUGGUGUAAAUGAUGGGCGUUUUCGUGCACUAACGGCGCGACAAAUGCCCAUUAUGACAAGGUUUUUAAUACAGGGUGUCCAGAGAAAUUCCGCGGAAAGUGUUUGCCGAUUUCUCUGCGCUCAGGCAAGAUAUCCAAAAAGUUCUUUUUGCAUUAGAAAGAAGACUAUGGGCGGUUUUUUUCCUAAAAAAGUUUUUUUGUCCGUCGACGCGGAGCAUACUGUAUUCGGCGGAGACUUUUGGUAGCUUUUUUGGACAUCACACCAAUCUUAAAAGCUGCAGUACGAUUUCUGAUGGUUAAAAAGAGAAUGUUAUCUUAUUUUUAUGUUUACCAAACGUUCGGCAAUGGAAUGACGAGCUUUCCGUAUCGGCGGAGGCCACAACUCAGCUUCGGAUAGGAGAUGUCCCAAACAUUAUGUGGCUAGCAUUCUUUGCUGAUCCCAUAUGCUCUCCAAAUUUUUUUCGCCAAGCCUUGUCAGCAGCUUAGCCAUCAGUAACGACUUGGUGUACCAGAAAACAACAAAAUAUUUUUUGUUUCAACUUCUCUUUGCCCCGCUGUUUCAAACCUCCGCACGAUGCGGUCGGACUUCAUCGCUGUUGACGCAACUACACAGUGCGGUGCAGUUGCUAAAUGCGAUUGCAUAGCGUUGUCGUCGGUCCCCUGAGCCUCUGUGAAAAAAACUGAAGGCUUCCCGAUAGUUUCAGGAUCAUAGUAAAGCGCUUAAGAUUGGUGUGAUGACCAAAAAAGCUACCAAAAGUCUCCGCCGAAUACAGUAUGUUCCGCGUCGGCGGACAAAAAAACUUUUUUAGAUAAAAAACCGCCCAUAGUCUUCUUUCUAAUGCAAAAAGAAUUUUUUGGAUAUCUUGCCUAAGCGCCUAGAAAUCGGCAAACACUUUCCGCGGAAUUUCUCUGGACACCCUGUGUAGGUAUAUCCUCCACUGAGUUCAUUUUGCCAUUACAGUCGAUCAGUUUCACGAAUAACCAUAGAUUAAAAAUCAUUCGUUGUAGAAGGGCUUCAUUGCAUAGAAGUUCAUUUUGGUCUAAAGUUGGUUCUCGGUACCUCCGAGGUUGUGGAUUAUAGACAGAUUUCGUCAUAGACUUGCUGCUGCACUCAUCAUAAAAUAAAUACGUUGCUAGAAAAUAAAUAAUAGAUUUACUAAUAAUUUCAGAAAUUCGUCUACGAGAAGCUCCCAAUGAUUUUCUUCACGAUUGUUGCUAGUGUUGGAGGUGCCGUAACGCUAACCCUACCCGAAACCAAAGGCCAAAACCUGCCCGACACGACGUGUGAGGCCGAAAACCGAACGACAAUAUCACAACGAGUCCAUGCGGAGACAAUAUUGUCGAAUGUCGACUGA